UAGAGAUAUACUAUGCCUGCAAUAACACCCGCACAACUUUCGGUUCUUCAACACAAUACAAAAAACAUCAGAAAUAUCUGUAUUCUUGCCCAUGUGGAUCAUGGCAAGACGACGUUGUCCGAUUCACUCUUAGCCACCAACGGUAUUAUUUCCUCCAAAAUGGCAGGUAAAGUGCGAUACCUUGAUUCUCGCGAAGAUGAACAAGAAAGAGGAAUUACCAUGGAAUCAAGCGCAAUUAGUUUAUACUUUAAACUGGUUAAAACAGUGGACACCGAAGACGCACAAACUAAAACCGUCGAAAAUGAAUAUCUCAUCAAUUUGAUCGAUUCUCCCGGCCAUGUCGAUUUCUCGUCUGAAGUAUCAACUGCUUCUCGUUUAUGUGACGGUGGACUUGUUCUAAUCGAUGUGGUUGAAGGUGUUUGUACGCAGACGAUUUCAGUUUUAAGUCAAGCAUGGAUCGACAAAGUUAGACCUGUACUUGUGUUUAAUAAGAUGGAUCGUUUAAUAGUUGAAUUACAAAUGACACCUCAUGAGGCUUAUAUUCAUAUUAACAAAAUUUUGGAACAAGUCAAUGCUGUCAUGGCCACCUUUUUCACAGGUGAUUUGAUGGAAAGUGAAGCUCGGAAAAUGACGGAUGAAAAGAAGGAGAACCAAGAAGAAGAAGAAUUCGAUGCCAAUAAAAUUUAUGAUUGGAGUGUGGAGGAUCGCGAUGAUUCCGAUAUUUAUUUCGAUCCUGCUCGAGGAAAUGUUAUUUUCUCCAGUGCUGUCGAUGGCUGGGCCUUCAGAGUACAACAAUUUGCUUCACUUUACGCCAAGAAGCUUGGAUUUAAAGAACAAGUCUUACAGAAGUGUCUAUGGGGUGAGUACUACUUUGAUCCUAAAGCUAAACGCGUUAUCCAGCCCAAGCACUUGAAGGGAAGAAAUUUAAAGCCUAUGUUUGUCCAGUUCGUAUUAGACAAUAUCUGGGCCGUAUAUGGCAGUGUUGUCAUUGAACCUGAUCGUGAACGUGUUGAAAAGAUUGUGGGUGCUUUAAAAAUUAAGAUCUUGCCCAGAGAUUUGCGUUCUCGCGAUCCCAAUAUUUUGCUUUCGGCUAUUUUCUCUCAGUGGCUUCCACUGUCUACAUGUGUCUUAUUGGCAAUUAUUGGUCAAUUACCUCCUCCUAAAGACGCUCAGCGUAUUCGUCUUCCCAAGAUGCUUUACCCUAACAUUCAUCGUAAGGAUAGCGAACCUUUGGAACCCACUAAUGAUGUUGAGAAGGCUUUAUAUUCAUGUGAUACAUCGGAUGAAGCACCUGUGGUUGCCUAUGUUAGCAAAAUGUUUGCUGUCCCAGUCGAAUUUUUGCCUGAAAACAGACGUAAGCAAAUGACAGCAGAAGAAAUGCGCGAACGAGGUCAACAACAAAGAGAGCUUCGUGCUGCUCAUGCUUUGUUAGAUCAAUCUGGCGAAGGUGUUCCAUUAACACCUGAACAAGUAGCUGCUCUUACUGAAGAAGCAGAAAUCGCAGAAAAGGAGGCUGAAGAGGUUUUGAAAGGCGAAAGCCUCAUUGGUUUUGCUCGUAUCUAUAGUGGUAAAAUUCGUGUUGGUCAAAAGUUAUACGUCAUGGGUCCUAAAUACGAUCCUAAAUACCCCAAGAAACAUAUCUCAGAGAUUGAAGUGAAGAGUCUCUACCUGAUUAUGGGUCGCGAUUUAGAAAUGCUAGAUGAAGUAUGUGCAGGCAAUGUCUUUGGUAUUGGUGGUUUGGAAGGACAUGUCCUCAAGAACGGUACGUUGGCCAGUACUACUGAGAAUGUUAGAAACAUGGCAGGUGUUCAGAUGCAAAGCUCCCCUAUUGUCCGUGUUGCUCUUGAACCUGAGGAUCCUACUGAAAUGGAUAAGCUCGUUGAAGGUCUCCGUCUUUUAAACCAAGCAGAUCCUUGCGUUGAGGUCAUGCUUCAAGAAACCGGUGAGCACGUUAUUUUGACUGCAGGUGAACUUCAUUUGGAAAGAUGUUUGCGUGAUCUUAAGGAACGUUUUGCAAAGAUCGAAAUCCAUGCUUCUGAACCCAUUGUUCCUUUUAGAGAAACUAUUGUACGCGCUGACCUGUCAACUAAUAAGGAGGUUGAAGGUGUAAUGGUGUCUCGUGGUGAAUCCGAAAUCAAGAUUAAUUCCAAGUUCUUAACACUGAAGGUUCAAACUGUGCCUUUACCAUCUCGUAUCACCGAAUUUUUGACCAAAAACGCUGCCUCCAUCAAGGCUAUUGUCGAAGAAAAGUUGGCCAAGAAGAGUAACAAGCUAGAAGACGAAGAGGCAUCCACAGGCAAUGCAGAUAAUCUCGGCGGUAGCAAUCUUCUUUCUGCUACGGAACUCGAAUCCUUACUCAGAAAAGAAUUUGAGCAAGUCAAGAAAGCCGGCGGACCUUUUGUUCAUUUAUGGGACAAUAUCGUAGAUCAAAUUUGGGCCUUUGGCCCUCGUCGUAUCGGCUCUAAUUUGUUGGUUAAUCGCAUCCCAGGUUAUGUCAGAAAACCAUUUUUCCAGGUGGAUUCAAAAAAGAGCACAGAAGUAUCAUUGGAUCAUGCUGACGAAGUCAUUAAGGUCGAUGUUGAUACCAGUGCUCUUUCCAUUCUCGAUGUUGAUUUUCACAUUCAUACUGGCUUCCAGCUAUCUACUUUAACCGGUCCUUUGUGCGCUGAACCUGUUACUGGUGUAUGUUACAUUGUAGAAGGUGUUGAGGUCCAUCCAGAAGAAUUAGUGGCCGCCAACGGUGAGGCCAUCGAUGUCCGUUCUAGACUUCACAUCAUUCAAGGUCAAGUCAUUGCUGCUACAAAAGAAGCUUGUCGCCAUGGCUUCUUAGACUGGUCUCCUCGUUUAUUAUUAGCCAUGUACACUUGUGAUAUCCAAGCUAAUGCUGAGGUUUUGGGUCGUGUCUAUGCUGUCAUUUCAAAACGUAAGGGUAAGAUUGUAUCUGAAGAUUUAAAGGAUGGCACCUCAUUCUGGCAAAUCAACGCCCUGUUACCUGUCAUUGAAAGUUUUGGCUUCUCCGAUGAGAUUCGUAAAAGAACUUCUGGUGUUGCUAGUCCCCAGUUAGUUUUUAGCGGCUUUGAGAUGCUGGAUGAAGAUCCUUUCUGGGUACCCACUACAGAAGAAGAAUUGGAGGAUUUAGGAGAAAAGGCAGAUAAAGAGAAUUUAGCCAAAAAGUACAUGGAUACCGUUAGAAAGAGAAAGGGUAUGUUUGUUGAAAAGAAAUUAGUCGAACACGCUGAAAAACAACGAACUUUGAAAAAGAACUAAAUAGUUGUAUUAAAUAAAGAGUUAUUGAUUGUAUAAAUUA